GUACCUCAACCAUAUUUUAUAAUAAUCAGUUAUAAGUUUAAUUAAAGUUUAAUUUUAAAAAACAUAAACCACUUAAAUAUUGACACCUGAAACCAAAAUCUUUCACACUUUUUUGAACGGUUCUUUCGGCAGAGAUGUCUUGCAAGUUUUCUGUCACUCUUCCUUAUUUUUUUUAUUUUUAUUUUUACUUAUUAUUGUAAUGUGUAGAGACGAUGAAAGAGACUCUCAGUGCACCUGUUCUAAGAUUGCUCUUGGAGAUGCUCUAAGGAACAAAAACUAGGAAAGAUCUUCAAUAGGUUCGGUCUCGAUAACUCGAAAAUCGAAAUUCACCGUGGAUGCAGGGCCGGCCCUGGGCCAAGCCCAAUGAAACAUUCGCCUUGGGCCCCCAAAAUUUUUGAAAAUCUUUAUAUGUAAAUAGGCCCCCAAUUUGUAAAAAAAAAAUUUUUAGGCCCCCAAAUUUUUUAAAUCUUUACUAAAUGGUCUUGGGCCUCCAAACUUUCAGGACCAGUCCUGCGUGGAUGAAAAGAACUGUGUUUGGUAUAACGCAAGCUCCGUGUAUUUGCCAUUAACUGAAGGAAGUGAACUGAGGAAUGUUAGUGGGCUGGGCCGUAGGCCUAACAGAGAAUUGCAUAAUAGUAGCUAUAAACUUUUUGCAUUUAUCCACGGGAUAUAAUACCAGUUAGAAUUAUCUAAAUUGUGUUUGGAGGUUCUAGGGUUUCUUAGUUACUUCACGACAUGACCGAACAGCAGUCUUCGCCGACCAUGAAAAUCCAGGACGUGGAUGAGGAGGAAGACGAUAGAUAUAGUGAUACACAUGACCCGUAUCCACUGGAUCCUAUGCCCGAGUGGGACGUGGACAGCUACGAAGGUCGUGAGUAUGAAUCAGAUCCAGAUCAUCGUGAGCUUUUCUCUGACGAGGAACGUUAUGAGCAAUACCGUCUCGACAAACGUAAGGCUUUCCAUAGUAAGGGUUUCAUCUAUAUACCCCUUAGCGGAAGCUAUCCAAUUAAAGAUCUGGAGGAGAUAGGGUAUGACAACAAGACUACUCGGGAGAAAAUGACAAAUCUUACUAACUUGUGUAUUAAGAAACUCAACGAGACAAAGGGAAAAACAGUUGAAUUUGUUCAUAUAGUGAGAGUUUUUAAACGUUGGGCGGCUGCAUGGAAAUCUUCCAUAACGUUUAUGGCUCGGGAGUCUCCUAAUGGACCUCUUGUAGAGUACCAGGCCAAGGUGGUGACAUUUCCAGGGGACUGUAAAGCUCCUAUUCCCAUCCUCUGCAGACCAACUCCUAUAGACACUCACCUAUAUUGAUCAGUGUUUGCAAAUUGGUAUAUUUGUAUUGUGAUGUAAAAUGUGUCGACUUCUAGCCUCAGUCACUGUUUCUUGAUUUUUAUCAACCUAUAUGGCAGUGUUUGUUGUGUAAGCUAUAUGACGUUUGGUAGAAUCAUUCUGGCUAUACUGAAUUUUUAUAUAUGCUAGAGUCCUAAUUAAAAACGA